GUCGAAGUCGGAGCUUAUCGACGCGAGAAGGAAGCGUCAACGUCUUCGCAGCUGCUGACGAAUGCGCCUAACCACCAUUUUGGCGAGGAGCCAUCUGCAUCUCUUUAGCUAGCCUCAGGCAGUGGGAAAAUUGAAAAAGUGCACGGCAGGUAAGGUGGACGCCGCCAAUUGUGCAAGCACUUGCUCUCCUCUCGUUUUAAAAAUUGAACCGGGCGCAGUCUGUUGGGAGGCCCGACGGGCGCAAUGAGCAAGAGCUUGGGCAUCCCGGUGAAGCUGCUGCACGAGGCAGAGGGCCACGUGGUAACGGUGGAGAUCAAGAGCGGGGAGACAUACCGCGGCACGCUCAUCGAGGCAGAGGACAACUGGAACGUGCAGCUAGAAAACAUCACGCACACAGCCAAGGAUGGUAAGGUGGGCCAAUUGGAGCAUGUGUUCAUCCGGGGGAGCAAAGUCAGGUUUCUGAUCAUUCCUGACAUGCUCAAGAAUGCCCCCAUGUUCAAGCGAAUAGAUCCUAAGACCAAGAAACAGGGCGUGAGCGGGCUGGGCGUGGGGCGCGGCCGGGCCAUGGCCACGCGAACCAAGGGGCGGGGACCUGGGGCACUCGGUGGGCGCGGAGGGGGUUUUGGGGGCCGGGGACCUGGGCAAUGAGGAUGUAAAACACUUGUAAAACAUAGUGCAUCACGGCUGAGCGGACCGGCUGCAAACAAUUUCAGAAGCUCGCCUCAUGCUGUUGAGCACGAUGUGAGAUGCCAUCCCUAAGGUUCGAUAGAGAGCGGCCCACCUCAUCUCUUCAAAUAGCUUCCAUGCUACACUCGGCUAGAAAGCUGCAAUCAAGGAUCGAUUGGCCAGCUCCAUUCUGUGUCAGGGAAGUCGCAAAGGGUGGCUGGGAGCAAGGCACUGAACCAGGUUAUAGCGCGGUCCAGGGUAAAUGGAUAUCAACGCAGGACAAUCCUUGGCACAAUGCGACCAUGGUACAAAAUA